AUGGCGGCCGUUAAUACCCACCGCAACAAUGCUCCUCAAGCUUUCGUCUCGAGCUACGCUCCGCGAAUCCGCACAUACGGGAAUCCCCUCCUUACACCUGUCGUACCGCAGACAGUCCUCCCUCCUGUGCGCACCACCAAACGGGGCACGACCGCGAUCAACUAUGCAGAGGAGUUCGACGACGACAGUAUAGAGGAUUCCGAUGCGCCGAGACGAGCGACCGGCUUGCGCACUGCACAGCAGCGACGCGAACCGGAUCCCAUGUUGGAGAAGGUCAAAGAGCUGGGCAAGGAGGUAGACGCGCCGGUCGAUGUGCAAGGAAUAUGGCGAGAAUGGAUGGGCAAGCCAAAGCGCGUCUUGACCGAGAGGCAGAUGCAUACACAAUCGGCGCUUCCAACCACUCUCAUACCAAUCAAGAUUGACCUGGAAGUAGCGCCCUUCCGCCCAGAGGCUGCACUCCCGACGCCCAACAAUGCCAAGGAUUUUGGUAUUGACGAGAACCUGCCCGCAUACAAGGCGCCAGAGCCAACUCCGCCAUAUCGACUGAAAGAUCAAUUUCUUUGGAAUUUGCAUGAAGCUUUGAUAACGCCAGACAUGUUCGCCAAGACUUUUGUCGAGGAACUGGACUUCCCUGUCAUGAGGAAACAGGCUAUGAUAAUGGAAAUCUCCCAGCAGAUCCGUAUGCAGCUUGAAGAGCACGCAGCCACUGCGCUUCACCCCCUCUUUCAGCCGGAGGCCAAUAAUCCUCCGUUGCCGACCACGAAUGCACCAACUCCUUCUGUACGACCCGCAGGAUCGCGGGAAGAUUCUUCAACUCCUAUGCAAGCAGACACUCCGAGUGCUGGCUUGCUUCAACCUCCACAAACCAACGGCCAACAACCCACCUCAGACCCACCAACUCCAAUGCCGAACGGCACGUCGACUCCCUACCUAACGGCAACCGCCGAUACUUUGCCCAGAGAUCCAUCAGCAUCCUCAGCUCUCAAUCCGGCCGAUAGCCAUCGUUGCGUCAUAACACUGUCUAUCAAUCAUCAGAAUCGACUGUAUACAGACAGAUUUGAGUGGUCACUUCUGCAUCCACCGGGGUUCCCAGAGAUUUUCGCGAAGCAGACGUGUGCAGAUUUGGGUUUGCCGGGUGAAUGGGUACCUAACAUGGCGCAUGCUAUUUACGAAGCGACAUUGCGAUUGAAAAAGGAUAUGAUAGACAACAACGGUACUUUGGCCGGUGUCGUUGGGAGUGGCGUUGACGGAUGGGGCGUGAUUGAAAACGAAGCCUGCGAGUAUCAUGGUACGGCCGAGCCUGCAAUAGGAGUUGGCGCAGGAUGGAGAUUCGAUGAAGAUGCUCUUGGGGCUGAUUGGGAGCCGAAGAUCGAAGUCCUUAGUAAGGAAGAGAUCGAGAGGCGAGAGGGCGACCGAGAACGGCAAAUAAGGAGACAGCGACGGGAGACUGCACGCUUCACCACGAGCCAUUCGUUACAAGCGCAAAGCAGUGGGCUGGGCGAUUACUUCUCUGUCGGUCUGGGUUCGUCGCAAGCGAACGGCGGGGACGAUGAGCGCAUGGGUCGGGGUGAGCGGUCAAAGAAGAAGCGUCGCUUCAGAAGCUUAUCUCCUAUCGGUCGUGAAACGCCCGAGCUCGCGGGCUUCGGCGGCACGACAAGUCAACUCAGUGAAGGUGAAAGAGCUUACUGGAGUUGUGCGCACUGUAACGUUUGGGGAUCCGCGAUAUGGGGUGUUCGCGACGGCCCUAACGGACCCAGAGUGAGUGCAACCACACCAUGUAAACUGCCAUUCCACGAAACUGACCACCGCGAUAGACUCUAUGUCACAAUUGCGGUCUCCUUUACGAGCGCGACAAGAGGUUACCCCCUUGGAACGAUCGACUGUUCUUUCAUGAGAAGAACCAGGGCUCCCGCGAAGCCAAUAUGCCGCAAUACGGCCAACCGCCAGCACCGUCGCGCCAACUCACACACCUCCAGUCGGAUCUCGCACCUUUCCCACAAUCGACACCGACGCAGACGCCGCGACUGCAACGGGAAGACCUCAAUCCUUCCUCUCAUCUUUAUACCGGUGCCUCUUCCGGUGGCCAAGGACAGAUUAGCGCCAACACCAUGGCUGAUAUCAUCAACUAUGCCGAGCCCGGAGAGGAUCUCGACUGGACGAAGAUCACUGAGCCACGGGAACGAAAGCGCCUGCAGAACAUUAUCAACGGGCGCAAGUAUCGCGAGCGGAGGCUUGCUGCUGAGGGUCACGGGGGUUCUGGUGGCAAUUAUCCGGGCGCGGCGGGUGUUGGCAGCUACCUUAGCACGGGAUAUGGCCAGCGCCAGUCCUUGUUGCAACCAAGCGGCACUCCGGUAACAUGA